CUGUUGUAUUCAACUUUGUAGGCUUUUACUUUUCUCUUAAAAGUGUGCAGCCCAAUCCUCCAACCGACCAUGAAGCUUCUUCUGCUGUGUCUGUGUGUUGCUCUGGCUCAUGCUCGACUGGCUCCUCUCCUCACGACCAACGGGCGUGCCGUACCCGACAGCUGGAUCGUAGAAGUCGAGGAUUUUGACCAGCUGGGGCGCGUGCAAGAAGAGAUUGAGGACAUCUUCUCCAUAUUCCGUGCACCUGCUCCCAAAAUCACCAAACUUGAAAUACUCAUGCCGGUUCUGAUGCUUAAGAUUCCACAACACAUCCUCACCCGGGUGCGUGCUAUUGAGGGUGUUGAGUACAUUCACGAGGACUCCAUCUUAACACUUUUCGGCUCACAAAAUAACCCACCAUGGGGUAUUGAUCGCAUAGACAGUCGCAGUGGAAGGGACGGUGUGUUCAACUACAACGAUGAUGCUCAGGGUGAAGGGGCGAACAUAUUCAUUGUGGACUCUGGCGUCAAUAUCAAUCACCAGGCAUUUGGUGGACGAGCUUCCCUUCUAUUUGGGGAAAAAGAUGUUGGUGGACAUGGUACUCACUGCGCUGGCAUAGCUGGAGCAGACAUCUACGGCAUCGCACGUAAAGCUAAAAUCUACAGCUGCAACGUGUGCAGUGGAGGGUGCUGGAGUAAUACAAUUGCCAGCGCUUUGGAUUAUAUUGUCCAAAAAUUCGGUUCCGGCAAUGGCAAGGGAGUGGUAUCAAUGUCCCUGGGCGGAGGGUAUAGUAACCUCAUGAACACUCUCGUCCAGAGGAUGCUCAACAGGGGAUACACAGUUUCUGUUGCUGCGGGAAACUCAAACAUCGAUGCCUGCAAUGUUUCACCAGCAGCAGUGAAAGGAGUACUCUCCGUUGGGGCCACGAAUAGUCACGACAGCCGUGCAUAUUUCUCCAACCAUGGCCCUUGCAUCGACCUCUUUGCACCUGGUGUAGGAAUCCUUAGUACAGCCCACUCGUCCGACACCGGAAGUAUGACUCUGUCAGGAACUUCAAUGGCAUGUCCUCAUGUAACAGGUGCCGCUGCUGUUUAUCUGGGAUCAAACCCAGGUUCAUCUCCGCGAGCGGUGCAUUAUGCCAUUGUGAAUAAUGCGACUCCCGACGUAGUGUCUGAUGCCAAAGGAUCCCCCAACAAGUUGCUCUAUGUCAAGCCGUAGAUGCCAGAGAUUAGCAUCACAUGACACGAUUUAGAAGGCUUGGCAUGCAAAAGGAAACUGCGCAUCUUGGCUCGACCAUUUUCGGUGGCGGGGGAUAAUAUCAAUGGAUUAAGACUGCUCAAAGACAAAAUUUAAGACUUUGAAACAAAUUUAGACACCAUAUCCUGAAUCCAUUAACAAAUGGUACUGUAAUACCUCUUUGUCAACUUGUAAAAAAUACGAUCAGUGAAGUUGAUAAUUUGGUUAAAUUUAUAAAGCACUGUGCAUUAUAUAGGAAGUGGGCCUGUCAUGUACAUGCCUUACCCAUAAGACAAAGAAAAAAAUGUUUCUCGUCCGUUUUUUGUUCUGUUUUUUGGU